AUGUCUGAUCUCCAGGCCACCGUCGAGGAGACGCCCAAGGGCUUCCACGUUGCAGGUUACGAGAAGAUUGAAUACGACUUCACCUUCAUCGACAACAUUUUUGAUCCCAAACUCGAUGACCUCGCUGCUUGCUACCGCAAAUGGGGGCGAUGCUUGGCUGUCAUGGAUACCAACAUCUUCAACGUUUACGGCGAGUCGAUUCAGAAGUAUUUUGACCACCACGGCAUAAACCUGGCAGUACACAAAACUUUGAUCGGAGAGAAGGCAAAGAGCAUUGACACUUUCCUCUCUCUUGUCGAGUCUUUCAACAAGUUCGGCAUUUACCGAAAGGAGCCGGUCUUGGUCAUCGGUGGUGGUCUUGUCACUGACGUGGCUGGCUUCGCUUGCGCUGCAUACCGCAGAAACACCAACUUCAUCCGUAUUCCCACCACCGUCAUUGGCUUGAUUGAUGCUUCAGUCUCGAUCAAGGUCGCCGUCAACUACGGCAACUACAAGAACAGACUCGGUGCCUACCACGCUCCCAUCCACACCUUCCUCGACUUCACAUUCCUCCGAACUCUCCCCGAGGCGCAGAUCCGCAACGGCUUCGCUGAAUUGAUCAAGAUCAGUUCGUGCGCGCAUCUACCCACGUUCGACCUGCUUGACAAGUACUGCGAGGAGAUUAUCCGCACAGGAUUUGGUCGUACCGACGAUGCCUCGGCCGAGGUCAAGCAGGCUGCCGACACCAUCAACCGCGCCGGGAUCCACGAGAUGUUGAAGCUCGAAACUCCCAACCUUCAUGAGAUUGGUCUGGACCGUGUUAUUGCAUACGGCCACACCUGGUCUCCUCUUCACGAGCUUGUACCUGACGUCCCGCUCCGCCACGGCCACGCCAUUUCCAUCGACAUGGCGUACUCCGCUACACUGGCAAACAUCCGCGGCCAUCUUCCCGAUGCCGACCACAAGCGCAUCCUGAACCUCUUCUCCCGCGCCGGCUUGACUAUGGACCACCACCAAUUCGACGAAGACAUCCUCGAGAAGGCCACUCAGGCCAUCCUCAAGACCCGUGACGGCAAGCUUCGUGCCGCCGUUCCCGCGCCUCUCGGCUCAUGCGAGUUCCUCAAUGACGUCACUCAAGAGGACCUCAACGCUGCCCUGCGCAAGCACAAGGAGAUCAUGAAGAGCUACCCGCGAAAUGGAGAGGGUCUCGAAGCCUUUGUCGACGCAAGUGACACCGGAUACACCCUCAACGAGUUGAAGCCUACUGCGGGUAGCGAGGCGGCUGGUCUCAGCGAGGGCUUGAAGAAGCUCUACGUCAUCAACGACGACACCCAGACGACCGACCACAAGCCGCUCGCGGUCAACGGCGUCAAUGGCAAGAAGCACGAUUCACCACUUGACAGCCCCACCGGUCGCGUUGACGAGCACGGUCACGAGUGCUGCUGAGUGCGAAACACCUAGAUAUUUCCAAGUCUGCAAAGCUGUAGCAGGCUGCCCGAUUCUCAGAAUGAGUCUCAAAAAAUUAUUUAUUCGAUUCUGAUGACAUCAUCAUUAUUUCAUGUAUUUACACGUGAAGUUGUAGAGGCGAUUCAACCAAAAGAUCUGCCCAGGUGGUUCAUCAAUACCCAGGUAUGCUUCCUUUCAAAAACGCGAGACGCGUCGCCCGCGUGCAAUCAAUCCCCCCCACCCUUGUUUUUUUUUUUGGAAAACCUCCCAAGCUCUAGAAAGCAUCAUGGACGGCGCGUGGAGCUCGAAACACGCGGGGUCAGUCUGCAUGAAAUUUUGAUGGGAAGCGGGGCC